AUGAAAGCAGAUAUUAGAGACUGCAACAAGAGAAUAGAUGUGGUUGAGUCAAAUGCCAAUGCCCAAAUUAUUAAACGGGAUAUGCAGAAUCAUGUCUUACAUCGUAGACUGAAUAGAGGUGACUUUGGUGUCAGUGGCAUGCCUGUUCUUGUUAACAUUGCUGUUGCAAUUGCAACUUUCCAUAAAAUUAAUUUAUCUACUCAAGACGUGACCUAUGUGUGUUAUAUUAACAACCAUAUGAGUCUACCGGUUGGCUUUAAAACCCCAGAGGAUUACUUCAAAGAAACCCUGGACUUUUUAAAAGAAUAUUCCUGGAUAUAUCAGGAGGCGAACACCUGUUUUAUAAAAUCCAAUAUUUUGUCAAAAAUGCCCAAAGAGUUUCGUAAUUAUUUCCAGAAUAUAAAUAACCAUGACCUAAAUCAAUUUCCACUUGUGCAUCUACCCCUUAAGGCAGAACCAAUGCUAAUGGAAUUUCGCCGGCGCCUAAGUUCAUUAAUACCACAAGAAGCCUUUGCAGAUCCACCACCCUUGGAAGAGAUGUCUCAUUUUAAAACCGAAAACUUUAGGAAAAUGAAUUUGAAAAAGCGUCAUGAAAUUUUACGCUUAGCCCAAGCCAUACACACACAAUUACAACCAAGAGAGAAGGAGCAGUCGCAGCAGCAGACUGCGGAAUCAGAUCAAGAGAAAGUGGUUCUAAUUGACUUUGGUUGUGGUUUAGGUUAUCUAAGUGAAAUGCUUUAUAAACUUAAUCACAACUAUCUAAUUUUGGGUUUAGAAUCUGAUCCUGUACGUGUGGAGGCAGCAGAGAAACGCCUGGAGGCCUAUAUGCCCGGGGCAAAGGAGGCCAUACACUAUCGCCAGCAAUUUAUUACCGAGAAUUCUAAAGAUUUUAUAAAUGAAAGUGUAACAGAACUUUUACAAUCCAAUUAUUGCCCCCGGCAGGAUACAUUACGCCAGCCUACGACACAGGCCAUAAUUGGUUUACAUGCAUGUGCCGACUUGACAAUUACCUCGAUGAAACUUUUUCUCCGCAUGCCUCAAGUACGUCAUCUGAUAAUCAUGCCAUGCUGCUAUCACAAAAUGCAAAUGUGUGCGGGCACAAUGAAGUUUCACAAUUUCCCCUUGAGUCGCCGCUUGCAAAAGGUAGUAGUGCCGGACGAGGACGACGACGACAAGGCAUCUGACAGUAGUGUCAUCAAUAAUUAUUCCAGUUAUUUAAAUCGACCAUUCCUACGUUUGGCCUGUCAACAGACAUUGAAACGUUGGCACAAAUGCACCGUCGAACAACAUUCCCGCCACGCACGCGAAAUGUUCCUCAGAGCAAUGGUGGAGGCAUUGCCGCAUAAGGAAACGGAAAUUGUGGUUAAGUGCAAGGAAAAAAUCGAUUUAUUGAAGGAGAAUAUAUUGGAUUUUAAUACCAUUCGACAUUUGUAUCAGUUGCAAGAGACCAGGGAUGUAAGCAGGCGGGUGGUGGUGGAUUGGUCUGAGGAACAUGUAAGGGAAUUUUAUAUGCUAGUGGCCAAGUAUGGGGACGGUGAAAAAUUAGCCGAGGGUCUAACAUGUCUGCAGACAGCGAUACAGAAAUUAUGUGAAAAUUUGGUUCUUUAUGACCGUUUGUGUUUUAUGGAAGAAACAGCUGCCGAAUUGAAUUUGAACAUUUAUGUACGCUAUGAAAAACUGAUGGAUGAAGAAUUAUCGCCACGAUGUUAUGUUUUAAUUGCUGAAAAAUUAUAA